AUGAAUGUGGGAAUUUUCAACAGAGUCAAUUUUAAGAGCAAGGACAGUGACGGCAUGUAUUCAGAAUGGACCUCGCUGCCCUUGGAGGGUGGUGGACACGGAGUGUUGGGUGCAGUUGGAGGACGCGAUGUAGUGCUGGCAGUUGUAAAACAACUGGCCUCACAUCAGCCCAGCCCACUCACUACCGAUACAGAGGUGGAGUGGGUGCUGGAGGUGGUGCGGUACGGGCUGGCGCUGCCGCUGGGCGAGCACGAGGCGCUGCGCGCGUGCGUGCGCGUGUGCUGCGCGUGGCUGGGCGCGCUGCUGCCGCCCGCGCCCGCGCCCAUGCCGCCGCCGCCCGUCGUGCCGCCGCCGCUGCAGGCCGACCCGCGCCGAUACGCCGCGCGCAUCCUUAGCCACCUGCACAACCUCUUCGUGCCGAGGCCCGACGACAGCGCGGACCUGAUCAGCAAGCAGGCGGUGCUGUGCCACCGCGUGCUGCGGCUGGCGCGAUCACUGGCAGACAGCGCGGCGUUGGGCCCGCGCGAGUGGCGUGCGCUGCUGCUGCUGCUGCUGGCCGCCGCUGCCUCGCUGCUGGCGCCGCCCGCGCCGCACCACGGCGCCGCCGACCAGCUCUGCGAGCGCGUCCUUUGCGUGCUUUUCGAGGUGUGGAUCCUUGCCUGCCACAGGUGUUUCCCGUCACCGGCGCUGUGGCGCACGCUGCGCGAGCAGUGCGUGCGCUGGCGGCAUCGCGCGCCGCUCACCGAGCAAUGGGCGCGGGCCUCGCUCUGCCUCACCGCGCGCCUGCUCGCGCAUAUGUACGGACCGCUCUUCCCUGCCAUGCCCGUCGGUGAGUCGCACGCACUCGCAGCACUCACGGCACACGCACGGCACCGCGCGCCGCUCACCGAGCAAGGGACGUGCGCCUUGCUCUGCCUCACAGCGCGCCUGCUCGCGCACAUGUACGGACCGCUCUUCCCUGCCAUGCCCGUCGGUGAGUCGCACGCACUCGCAGCACUCGCAGUACACGCAGCAGACGCACGGCACCGCGCGCCGCUCAGCGAGCAGGGGACGUGCGCCUUGCUCUGCCUUACAGCGUGCCUGCUCGCGCACAUGUACGGACCGCUCUUCCCUGCCAUGCCCGUCGGUGAGUCGUACGCACUCGCAGCACUCACGGCACACGCACGGCACCGCGCGCCGCUCACCGAGCAGGGGACGUGCGCCUUGCUCUGCCUCACAGCGCGCCUGCUCGUGCACAUGUACGGACCGCUCUUCCCUGCCAUGCCCGUCGGUGAGUCGUACGCACUCGCAGCACUCGCGGCACACGCACGGCACCACGCGCCGCUCACCGAGCAGGGGACGUGCGCCUUGCUCUGCCUCACAGCGCGCCUGCCCGUGCAUAUGUGCGGACCGCUCUUCCCUGCCAUGCCCGUCGGCGAUGAAGACGCGAACCUAGUGCCGGCAGACAUGAGCGCCGAAGCGGUCAUGCAAACCUGGUACCGGAUACUGCACACCAUCGGGAACCCCGUGGAUCUCUGCCGCCCCCACAUUAUCAGUCAAACGCCAGAGUUUUUGCAGUACUCGAUGACUGCAGAGGAAGGCGCUCGAGAUCCCAGCGCCCACCCGUGCCUCCAGGCACUACCUUCCAUCUUCCUCAAGGCAAUGAAGGGGAUCGCUGCUCACGUGGACGCCUUUCUCGGGCGCGGCACGGAGCGAUGGCGCGACUGGUGCGGUGGCGCGGGGGGUGCGGGCACAGGGGGCGUGGGGGGCGCAGGGGGUGCGGUGGACGCGGACGACGAGCUCACGCCCCCCGCGCACCGCCGCCUCGCCAAGUCGUUCAGCGUCGCCUCGCGACCGCGCGACAAGCUCGCCGAACGAAGCACGCCGCGUACUUCCCUGAUCGGUUUGACAGGAAGCCGCCCGUCGAGCGUGGUUCCAACAACGCCGCCUAAUUCUAUAUCGUCUCAAGUGGAUGAGACCGAGAAACCUCCCCUCACGCCGCUGCGUCCGAAAGUGAACUCUAUUUUACAUCUGUUUGGCGAAUGGUUGUUCGAAGCGGCCCUUAUCGGCACCACAUCCUCGCCUAAUUACAAUCAACAGCGAGCGGAAGGCACACCGCCUCCUCCAUCCCUCUCCGACGCAACUUACAGGCUAAAUAUGAUGAGUUAUCAACCAGGGCGUGCAGUGGCGCUGGGCGCAUUGUGCCGCGUGGUGUGCUCGAAGCAGUGCCGCGAGGAGGUGCUGGCGCCGUACCUAGCACGCACGUACGCUGCACUGCGCCGCGGCCUGCGCGACCCAGCCACCGCCGCCGCCGUCGUGCUGCACGCGCACCACAUGCUCAGAUUGGAUCUCGACGGUGUAUUAGUUCUUGUGCCUGACUUUAUCACGGCUCUGGAUCUAAUACUGUCGGAAAGAGAGCCGAAAAUCGACUGCACUUCGAUUGACAAGCGGGAGUUAAGGAAGGCAGCCAUCAGCCUUCUACUUUCUCUGGUGGCUUUCCCUUACCAUUACAGAGGAUUGGCUGUGCCGGAGUUUCCAGGAUGUAAUGAAUACGGCGGGAUGACGAUCGGCGAGUACGCGCGGGGCCGGCUGUCGCUGAUCUGUGUGUCGGCCGUGCAAGUGGAGACGUCGGAGGCGUUGGCUGUGCCGCUGCUGAGCGCGCUCUACCUGUGCGUGCUGCACAACGCGUACGUCGCGCCCGCGCACAGCCCGCCCUCCGCCACCUCGCACUCCACCGACUACAGAGCGCGGUCGGACGAGGGCGCGGCGGGCGAGCGCGCGCAGGACGACUUCGCCGCGGACGUUAGGGAGCUCGACCCCACGUCACCUGCUUUCGGAGCUGCGUUAGUGGUGAGAGCUACGUACCUGGUGUGCCACCGCUUGAUAUCCUCCUGGAAAGGCGACCUUCAGGUGUCUUUAGCAGCUUUGGAACUCCUAUCUGGCUUUGCGAAAUUGCACUCAGUGAAACCAGAGUUCGUCAUAGAAGCGGUGGAGCGCAAGCGCGCGGUGCGCUGGAUCUGCGACUACAUCGCGGUGCAGUGCGGGCGGCCGCCGCAGGCGCACUCGCGCGACCUUCACUCGUGCGUGGUGGCCGCGUACCAGUGCCUGGCCGCCUGGCUGUGCCCCGCGCUGCUCGCGGACCAGCACUGCCUCACCGCGCUCAUGGAGGUCGUCGAGCUCGGCAUCUCUGGCUCCAAGAGCCAAGGAAAACCAGGUGAACCGCCGAAGAUGAAAGAUGAAAAGGAAUUGAAGCCAGUGUCGAUGAGGGUGCGUGAUGCUGCCGAGUCUUUACUGAUGCUUAUUUUGGAACAGGGUGCGGGCGCGCGUGGGUGCCGGCUGGAUGAGCGCUGGCUGGAGGCGCUGGGGCACGGGCGGCUGCGCCACUUCGCGGCCGACGGCGCGGCGCUGCUGGCACUGCUGGAGGAGCCGCUUGCCAACAGCCAGGAGCCGCAGCCCACGCUCGUCGUGAUCAUUCGAUGCGCGUGGGGUCGCUACGCGUGGUCUCUGAGCAGCCGCGGUGCGCCCCGCUGUGCCACCCGCGGAGCGACGGCUUGCGCGCGCCCCGUGCCCAUGCUGGAGCCGCCGGCGCGCGCACCGCCCACCUGCCUGCCGCUGCCCGCCGCGCCGCCCUGCGCCGUGGAUUCAGCGUUCCCAAGUUUGGAGGCUGUAUUGAGGCAACUGAAUGAUCCAGAUGCGCCAACUUUGUUCAAAUUGCUGGAACAACAGGCAGCUAUAGAGAAACGUGUAAAAGAGAGCGAAGAUAACGUUACACCCGAAGAAUAUGUACCACCGGAACCCGUGACUGAAUUUCAAACUGCCAGACUUUUUCUCUCGCACUUCGGUUACCUGAACAUCGGCGGGGAUAAAAAGGGCGGGAACGGGCGGCUGUGCGCGCUGGACGCGGGCGCGGCGGGGCUGGGCGCGGCGCUGCGACGGCUGGACGCGGCGAGUGCGCGCGCCGCGCUCACGGUGCACGUGAUGUACGCGCGCGCCGGACAGCGCGUCGCGCACCACAUCGUCGCCAACGCGCACGCGCGCGACCUCGCGCCCGCCUACGUACACAUGCUGCGCGGGUCAAGAACUUUUUUAUUUUUAAUUAUUAUAAGUUACAACGUUAGCUACGUGGCUUUUAGCUAUAGUAUGGAUGAUUUUUGUGAUUUGGGAUGA